AUGUUGCCCAUACUUACUAUCGCAGCGGGUUGUUAUGUAUUGUACACAAUCUUGAUCGCCAUCUACCAUCUUUACUGGAACUCUCUCGCUCACAUCCCCUGCCGGAAGACAUGGGUGAUCUUUCCAAUAUCAAAACAAAUCGCAUCUCUCCGGGGCAAGCUAGACUCCGAGAUCAGACAGAUGCACCUUGAUCACGGACCCAUUAUUCGCCUGGGCCCUCGUGAGCUUUCAUUCACCACUGCUCAGGCGUGGGCAGAUAUUUACGGUUUUGGCCAUCCCCAGCUUCCUAAGACACGACGAAGCCCCCUAAACGAAGUUCACAACAUCAUCAGUGCCGAUGAUGCAAACCACGCACGCUUCCGAAAAGCCAUGUCACACGCAUUCUCUGAGAAAGCGCUGCGCGAUCAAGAGAUUUUGAUGACGAGGUAUAUUGACCUCCUAAUCGAAAAGCUGGGUGACAUAGCUGUCACUGGUCUCAAAACGGACAUGGUAAAAUGGUACAACUACACCACCUUUGACCUGAUCGGUGACCUCGCCUUCGGACAAUCCUUCGAGUGCUUAGUGAACAGCCAAACACAUUUUUGGGUUGAGAACAUCUUGAGGUUCGUUCGGACUGGGGCACUUCUUCGCGUUGGGUAUGAAUAUCCAAAUCUUCUGAGGAUUAUCCAACUCUUCAUGUCCAGUAAAUCUCGCGAAAUUCGGAAGGCACAAUUCGCGUGGACUAAGGAGACUGUGCUCAACCGUAUUAACAACAAAAAUCUCCAAGGCCGAAAGGAUUUCAUGGAGUCUAUGCUGCGCUACAAGGGUCACGAGCUCGAGCUUAAUGAGUCUGAGCUAAUAUCGAAUUCCAAUAUCCUCGUCCUUGCCGGGUCUGAGACAACUGCAACACUACUCUGCGGUGUCACAUACUAUCUUUCGAAGAACUAUAGAAUUCUCAAGCGAGCCACAGAUGAGGUUCGUGCGCAAUUUGAGCAUGAAGAAGAAAUCACUUUUACUACAGCCACGGCAAAGCUCCCGUAUAUGCUUGCUUGUCUCAAUGAAGCUUUGCGUCGUUAUCCACCUUUUCCUGGUACUAUGACGAGGACAACACUUGCAGGAGAUCCGACAACGAUAUCUGGGAUUGAUGUGCCUGCAUAUGUGAGUCUACCCCAUUCCGGUGGAAAUGGUUCCUCAUUUACAUCACCAACGUGCUGA